CAUAGCAAACCCUAAUCGUCAUCCCUUUCAUUUAAAUGUUGAAAAAAAUUAAAUUCUCCGUCUCCGUUAGUUUUUUUAAGAAUAACAAAAUUAUAAUAUAAAAGAACAAAAAAAAAAUCGUUUUAAGGAAGAAUCAUUUUUACUAUGCGUAUAAAAUUAAUGUGAUCCCAUAAUAAUAAUUUUUGCAAAAUACACAGUUGAGAAAGGUAUUUAAACAAGGAAUCGAUUUGCCAAUUAUAUCAAGGUAUAGGAUGGAAUCGGAAGUGGCCUCCACAAAUGUUUCAGGAAACAGUGGAGUAGAAUCGAACAAUUGUGAAGUUUUUACGAAUAGUGCAAUUGAUUUGGAAAGUUCACAGAAAAAUGAUUCAUCAUCCUGUGGAACGGACAUUACUAAAAAGUCAGGUGCCUCACCCAAAUUGCACAGCGAAGAAAACAAAAAUGUGAAAAAUUUGGCAAGUGGAAAUGACGAGACUCCAGGUGAUUGCAUGUAUUUCUAUGAAGACGAAGUAUUUCGCAUCGACAAGAAAGGGCGUGUUAAAUUUGGCGUCAUUUUGGAAACGGCAGUGGAACAAAAUGAUACCGAGGAUAAAUUAUUAUCUAAGGGCGAGGUCCGUAUAUCAUGGUGCGUUCCUGAAAAUAAUGACGUGUAUCCCGAAAGCUCGAUUGGUUUAGCGGAUCGGACAUUGAUGCCUGGAGAUGUUGUUCGACACCUGAUACGUGGUAAAGGAACACAGCGAGGCUAUUGUCGUGAUAUUAACAUGAAAGCUGAUGUUCGCAUACUGGGCACAAAAUAUGUUAUAAAGAAUGUAAAUGCCGAGCGUUUAAAGGCGAUUUGUCCAUUGCAAAGGGACGGUGCAGUAUAUUUAAAUUCAUGGGUUGGAAGCAUUCAAAAAGUGAAAAGAAAGGCAAUUCUAAGAGCUAUGAAUGGAUGCCGAAUUGAAAUAUCUACAGACGAUUUCCUGUAUUUCAUUAAUUUGCAUAAAGGUGAAGAUUCACUUUAUCCUGGUUGCAUGGUUAAAGCAGACCUUCCACCUCUGGAAGAAAUUAAGAUAUUAACUCCUGAUAUACCUUUGAGCAAAAAUAAAAAGCGGAACUUCCACCCAAGAGUGUUUACACUCGAGGAUAUUUAUACGGAAUCAGUAUGGGUCGAUUGGCAGUGUAAAGCCUUGUCCGAUGAAACAAGCCUACAAGCCAUAACAUUACAACCUCCAUCAUGUGUUACUGGUGAAGAUUUAAAAAAUUUGAAAAGCUUAAACCUUUUCGAGUCAUGUAUGCUACAGGUCGACGACGAAAACUAUUUAACAUUUUCUUCCUGUGAUACUGUAAUGAAGAAAUCGGAUUGGGAAAAGGAGAUGUCUGUCAAAUACAAGUUAAUAUAUCAAAAACAAAAGGAGGAUCAGCAAUCGAUGGCAUUGAGUCCACCCACAUUAAGUGGGCCGGAUACAGAAGGUUCUGGUGUGGGAUCGACAUUGCAUCAGCAAUACGAAAAAUCGAAAAAGAAAAAUAGCAUGUGUUUAGAUGAUAAAUCAUCAAAUAAACUAAAAAGAGGUAUCUUUAAAGUUGGAGAUAAGUUCGGCAGCAACCACAACAAAGAUUCGCUUAGAAAACCCUCUACACCAUCUCCAAUACAGCAACAAAAAGAUGAAAGUGAAUGGCUUUCUAUGGAGGAAGAUGAAGAAGAUGAUUUCGAUGAAGAUGAGUUUGAUGCGGAUGAAAGUCUUAAACUCCACAACGCCAAUGAUGAUGCUGUUAGCACAACUACAACUAUGUCAACCGGUUCAAGUCCAUCGCGUACUAGUCCCAUACGUUUGACAAAACGCCAAUUAAAGAAAUGCAAAGCAAAGAAGAGCCACAAGAAACCAUUAUUAUUGGAACCAAAGACGGAUUUUUCACCAAAAGAGGGUUGUAAACUUGCUACGGUAGCUCUGCUAGUAUAUAGUACGGCAACUGUAGUAUGGCAGGAUGGUACGGUAGAAUGUGACAUACCAUCGACCGAAUUAUAUCCCAUACAUCACGUAGAUAAUCAUGAAUUUUUCCCCGGCGAUUUUGUUAUAUCCGGUUCAGAAGAUUCUGAAACUAAUUAUCGCGAUUAUGGCGUAAUUCAGACUGUUGACCAUGAUGGUAGAAUUGCUCGUGUUAAAUGGUUUACCACGUACACGUCUGCAGAUGAACCAAAGCCAUCCUAUAAAGGAGAAUCUGAAGUCAGUGUUUAUGAUUUGAAAGAUCAUCCUGAUUUUCAAUAUCGUCCCGGCACAAUGGUUAUUCGAGUGGCAAAUUUUGUGGGCGAUGAUGCCAAAUGUACUGCUGGACAAAUCAUUGAUAAUCAUAUUGAUGGCCGUGUUAAGGUGUGGUGGGUUGAUGGACACAUUAGCAUGUGCUGGCCCCAAGACCUGUUUGAAGUUGGUCAAUAUGACAAUGGAGACUGGGGUCAAAAUUCGGAAGACUCAUGGGAAACUGAAUCAGAAAAUAGUGACGUAGGUUGUGGCGGUAGCAGCAGUUUAAAAGUGUCUCUGCCACAAUCCCAUAUAUUGUCAAAUAUCGAGAAAGCUCGAGAAGCAGUGUCUCGUUUGGAGGAGAUUUUCAAUCUAAAUCCAGGCUUACAAAACCCAGAGGUCAUGCGAAGGCUACUGGGAGUUUAUAAGAGAUGUCGCUAUUUAGAUCGUUUAUUGAACACAAAUUUUUUCCACGAAAACAAUUUUAUGGGAUUAAUUGAACGUGUUCGUUGUGGUGGUAAUCAAACCAUUUGUGAUCGUGUCCAAGACCAGAAGAAUGAUGCAGGAAAAACUGCAGCAAGCACAAGUCCCAGUCCAAAUCAAGCUCAUCCGCAGCAACAUUAUCAAUAUUACAGUGCCAUUGUGGCUGUGAACAACGGCCAAAAGCCUUCGAUACAAUCUACCCAACACAUGCAUUCCUUUCCAGGUCUACCAUCUAAGGAAUUUGCACCAAAGGUUCUGUUCAAUAUAUCUUCCACACCGUUUAAAUGCUCUAGCAGUAACCACGUGGUGAAUUCUACAAGCCAAUUAAGUAACCCAUCCAAUAAUCCAAGGCGGCGUUACUCGUCCACUGCAGCCACACUCCAGCCUUCUCCACCGAGGAGACGAGAAAACGUGCCAAAAGAGAACCAAACAAUAGAGCCUGACUGCGAUCAGAAUUUUGGGCAAGCUGAAACCGUAAAUCUAGCUGUAGCUUGUGGAAUAUCGCCAAGCAAAAAUAAACAAUAUAAUACUGAAAAGCAUCAACUUCUUAAUUCAGCAAUGCUUAAUAUUGAAAGGGCCUAUGAAAAAACAAGUCAAUUAAAAACUCUAAUUGGCGGCAGUGGUGUUGGUAGUGACGUCAAUAAUGCAUCAAUGUCGCAAGACGACUCUGGUAAUUAUUCUCGCAACGAAAACUGUGAUGGCAGCUCAACAAGCUGCACUAGUUCCUCCGAUCUUACAAAUAUUGAUACCAAUAAUUCCAUAACUAAAGUAAACGAUAAUCAAAAGUCUAUAUCAGACAGUAGCAUAGAACUGCCGGAAGAUAUUGCUCCCGAAAUGAUUUGUGUUCGCCUCUGUUCAUUGCUGAAGGAACAAUUGGUGAAAUGUUUAGAUGAGAUACGGGAAAGAUUUUGCGGCGAUGAUCAAUUAAAUUUAAGUGAAGUUUUCGAUGUAGAUGAUGAAACUUUAGAAACUGUUAUAGACUUUGAAUGUGCUCAGAAUGAUGAUAAUGCUGGGGCUGUUAAAAAUCCCAAAGAUUUUGAAACAGCCGAUGAUGUUGUGAAACUAACAUUACCUGACACCGAAGGAGCUGAUGCCAAGGAGACAAUUGCAACCUCAUCACCAACUGCAAAAGAUGACAACAAUAAGUCAAUUGAAGCUGGUCUUCAUGUCUUGAAUUCUAGUACCGAAUGUUUCCAACUCUUAGCCACUGCGCCCAAAACCCAUAAAUUCCAUUCAACUUUAUUUCAUCCAAAUAAUACGCAACAAUAUUAUAAGGCUGUCCAAAAGGAACAUCGCAUGCUAAAGAGUUCAUUGCCGCCUGGGGUGAGUGUAAGAAUUUUUGAAGAUCGCAUAGAUCUGCUGAGUGUAAUGAUUGAAGGACCCAAAAAGACACCAUAUGAAGAUGGCAUGUUUCUCUUCGAUAUGCAAAUGGGUCGUGAUUAUCCCAAAAGCCCGCCACUUUGCCAUUAUAUUAGCUAUUGUUCGGAUCGUUUAAAUCCAAAUCUUUACGAAGAUGGCAAGGUUUGUGUAUCGCUGUUGGGAACAUGGACUGGAAGGGAUAGUGAAAUGUGGGGUCCCAACAGUACAUUGCUGCAGGUGAUUGUGUCCAUACAAGGUCUUAUACUGGUGCCAGAGCCAUAUUUCAAUGAAGCUGGUUAUGAUAAACAAAAAGAUACGCAGCAAGGUCAAGAAAAUUCUAGAAUGUACAAUGAAAUGGUCAUGAUCAAAAUGGUUCAAGCAACAACUAAACUAAUACAAAAUCCGCCAGAAAUGUUUCGUAAUGAAAUUAUAAUGCAUUAUAAGCACAAUGGUAUGAAAAUGUAUGAACGUACUAAGGGUUGGAUGGAGAUAUCAAAAGAAAGUAGCAAAAAUUCGAUGGAAGACGAUGGUAACAACUUAAAAUUGACAUCUGCCCAUGCCAUGCCUGAUUUUCCCUUGUUACCAGCUAGUCGUGGAUUUUGUUUAACACUGGCCGGGUUGCUUGAAAACUUUAAAAAGAAAUUGUCUUCAUGCAUUGAUGACGCGAUUGGUGUUGGAUCGUCAAAUGUAAACCAAUAGUAAUAUUUAAUUUGGAUCUUCGUUUUAACAGCUAGUUGAAUUAACCAAUUAUAGGCCUUUCUUAAAUUAAUUUUUUGGCGCUAAUGCCUUAAUGUGGGCGUCAAACGAAUAUUAUUCAAUUCAAAUUCAAACAUAAAAUCUUAAAUCAAUGCUAAAAUCAUAUAUUGUGCACCCACCAACAGUCGGUUAGAAAAAACCCAAUUUACGUAUAUUGCACCUGGUUGUCAAAAAUCCAACAGAAUUUCUGAAUUAGAGUGGGUAUAACACAAAUUGACUUUAGCUUUUUUUCCACU